AUGUAUGGAAACGGAGCCUUUUUAAAUUGGACGAGUAGAUUUUACAACAAGGACUGGCGGGCGCCAGCGGCAGGCAAUAAAAGCUUGUUACAAUGCUUCAUAAAUUUAAUAAUUAUAAUUUUUGUUGGUUUUUUUUCAGUGGACAUUUUCUGUUUCACAGCCAUUGCACUAGUAGUUGGCAUGGCAUAUAUGUGGGUGGAGUUGUUUAUAAAACAGUACACGCAACGAUUAGACUGGGAUCAAAACUUAAGUCCGGUUUUAAAAGGCAUAACAGUGGCCUUAAUUAUGCAAUAUACCUUAUUUUGUUUACUGUCCUUAAGAUACGCAGGUGAUGGUGCGCGAUAUUUGAGCAGCAGCUUCGCGAGCACACCGAUAUGGUCGACGUGCACUCACUUCGUCAACACCUCUCACUGCAUGGACUCUGAACACAUCCUGCAAUAUUGUGAAAAGCCACAACCCAGAGAACUCCUUACAUUAAACGUAACAUCUGUGCACAUAUAUUACAUGGAAUACAUGAAAACUAAUAUCAGAGGCGCAUGGACGUGGAGAUUUUUUGUCGUUGCUGUAAUGUGGAUACUUAAUUUUUGCCUCACGACAGUACCUGACACGGUGAUAUUGAAGUUUUACAAAUAUUUAGUUCUGCUGAAACAUAUCUUCAGUAUUUUCACCUAUGCGUAUCUAGCAAUUUCUACUGGACGAGGAAACGAAGCUUUUCUUGAAUUGAUGGAUGUGAAUGCAGACGGUACAAUUGGUGGAGCAGUAUACAUGGUCGCAUUGGUUUAUGGUGUAGGCAUGAUCGGCUUCCAUGAUUUUGGUAGUACCUCGCCUUUUACAAUGACUGACAAUGCUGUUAUUAUAUUUACAGUAUUGUUUAUUCUUCUUGCUUCACUGAGAUCUAUGCUUGUGAAUAUACUAUUAUUUCAAUUAAGUGACUGCGUUGACAUUAACAGAGACGAAGCUAGAUCUUGGCAUUAUAUAUUUUUUGUUUUAUUGCCAUUAUCGACUGAGUUCUUAUUUGGCCAGAAACUAAUCAAUAUAUAUUUAUACUUGCACGUGCUUCUGUCUUUACUUCCAUGUCUAGUGUUGUACUCGUUAACGGUAACGAGAUUACUACAUAGUGAAUUUCCUUCACUAAAGUUUAUUUACAUACAGGGACUAAUUUGCCUUUUUGGGUUUAUCUUGUCUGUUCCAAUUUUAUUGGUCGGUGAGUAUGUUGAUAAAAUGCGAGCCGGAUUAAUUUCAGGAUUGAGCCUAACCGUAUUGUAUUUGGGUGGGUUAAGAAUGGCUAUUAUCAUGUGGAUAUACGGAGUUAAAAGAUUCUCAACAGAUAUUAACUUUUGGCUCGGAUUUAGUCCGACAAAGUUCUGGACUGUAUGUUGGUCUGUUCUUCCAGCUAUCCUGUGGGUGAGUGGUCUAUGUGCUGUUUUUAAAUUUAUAGGCGUAAUUUAUCGCCUUCGUCCUCCUAAGUUGCAGCGUGUGACGAUACAACUCCGCAGUUUUGCCAGACUUGACAUUCAAGCCUUACAGAGGGACGCACGCGCGGUAGAUUGGUCGUCGACGCUGACAGCUUCGUCGGUUGAUGAAGCGGUGGCGGCCCUUAACUCGUCUGUUCUUAAGCUUUUCGACAUUCAUGCGCCUAUACGCACAGUACGGUUGAAGAGGCCUCCGGCGCCGUGGUUCACGCGAGAGUCUGGUUUUCGUCGUGGCCACAGUACUUCCACCGCUUUGCUCAAAGUGGUCGAUGACGUGAGGCUCGGCAUGGACUCCUCAUUGUUGACAGUGUUGGUCCUUAUCGAUUUCUCCAAUGCUUUUAACGCUGUUAACCAUGAUCUGUUACUGGCCACUCUUAGGCAUCUGAAUAUAUCUUCAUCUGCGGCUGGUUGGUUCUCUUCGUAUCUUCAGGACCGUCGUCAGGCGCUUUAUACCCAAGCGAGUGCUAAGGAUCUGGACCAGGCAAUCGCUGAAAUAAACUUAGACCUUAACCAUAUCUCCACUUGGUCACAUUGCUUUGGUAUCACAGUCAACCCAGCUAAAUGCCAGGCCAUAUUACUUGGCAGCACCCGCUUACUCUCUUUGGUAAACACUGUGGAAUUGGCGCCAGUUCUCUUUGAAACUGAAGUUAUUCCGCUUUCAUCGCAAGUGAAGAACCUGGGGCUAACAAUUGACAGUGGGCUCACAUGGGAACCACAGGUGUCCGACAUACUGUUUGGUUACGGAAUGUAUUACGAUAUAGCACAGGAGAUUGGUCACAUCGAAACAAGAUACGCAUUGAUAUGGUACUUGGUAUCAGCUGUGAUCACGUUUGUAUUUCAGAUCAGGAUAAUAGUGCGUUACGCCAUGAAAAACAAUUUAAUAGGAGCCUUUCGAAAUAAUAAGAAGUACGGCCCGUCUGAUAAGCGAGAUCGUAAACGUCGGCGGCGGUACGACCCGGCUAUAGAUGACAGACAUUGUUUCCACGACUGUAUAUCCAUAGAUGAAGAAAUUGAUUGCAAUCAUUUGCCGCUUAUGAAUACGGGAGAAGGGCCGUCAAGCAUGAACUCUGAAAGCACACUUACGCAAAUGUACGAGUCCGUAGCAUCAAGAGCGGAUAGCGUUAUUACUAUUAUGGAAAUGAGACCUGACAUAAAGGAGAAGCAGGCUUGAUAAUUGUAACUGUAACAUAACAUGCUGUUACCGAUCUGUUGCUGUUAUCAUGUGUUA